AUGUGUGAAAGACUAGAAUGGGUUGAAAUUAUUGAACCAAAAAGUAAAGAUCGAAUGUAUGCAAAUUUAAUAACAGGUGAAUGUGUUUGGCAACCACCACCAUCGGCAAAAAUAAAAUUACAAAAUCAUACUCAAUGGUGGGAAUUGUAUGAUAACAGCACAAAAAGACAUUAUUAUUAUAAUGCCACAACACAACGAACUAUUUGGAACCGUCCACCUAACGCUGACAUUAUUCCGUUGGCUAAGUUGCAGAUGCUCAAAGAAAAUACAGAGCCAAAGGAGGUUGAUGGACAAAAUAGUAUUUCAUCGUUAGCCAACAAUCCCACAAUGUCUCCAGCAUCAUCAAUUAGCCAUACUUUAUUUCAUCAACAACAACAAGGAGGAGGAUUAAUAACAAAUACAUCUAAUGUGAGCAAAGGAAAACAAAUUUCUUUACAACCAUUAGAUGUUGUUAACAAUUGUGGUAUUAUAUCGAACAAUAUUAGUAAAACAACACCAACAACAAACAUUUCAACACCACCUCUUCAGUCAAUUACACAAAGGUCUGUUCGACGUACCGCAACGAUACUGCAAUCGUUAUCGCCAACUAAUGCCAUACCUCCACAAAUCGGUAAUAGUCGUCGUACAUUCGCGCACAACGAUCAAUACCCCAAACCCUCCUCUUCAGCAACAAAUUCAACUAAUUCACCAACUUCGUCUUUGUCAUCAACUUCAAGUUUUUUUCGUCGUACAAUUCAGAAUGAUACAUCGCAACAACAACGUGCAAAUUUAGCAGUUUUAGAUAAGUCAGCUUCUACUUCUUCUGCAACAUCAUCUUCAUCAUCGUCGGCGAUUAAAUCCAUAGAAGAUAGUAAUAAAACUUUACAAACAAAAUUAAACGAAAAAGCGACAUACGAUAAUUUAAUUCAUUCGAAUAAUAUCAAUAUAGCGUCAUUGCCAACAAAUUUUGAGUCUAAAUCAUCCCGUCAUGAUCGUACAGUACAAAAUACAAUCGUAACGCGUGGUGUUAAUGAACAACAACAACAACAACAAACUGACAAUUGUUAUGAAAAAUCUGGCUAUGAUAAUUAUCCGAUCAUAAUAGGAAAAUUGGACUUGUCGCAUAAAAAUAAUAAUAGUACAAUAAUGAAUCAGUCAGUUAAUGAACAAUCGAUAAUCCCCAUGGAUGCAGGGAAUGAAACAACAUUGAAUACAAAACGUUUACAAAGCAUUAAUUUUAAACAGGAAUCAGUAUUGAAAUCGCCACCAGGUGGUCUGCUAGGUGAUAUAACUGUUACAUCGUAUAAUCCAUGUGUAAUGUAUGAAAAUAGUACUAAAAAAACACAACAACGUUCGAGUGUAAAAUAUUCAAAAGAUCAUGCGAGUACAUUAUGUAACGUAAAUGCUGCUAGUUGUUCACCAUUGAAUGAAUUCUUAUUCGAGACGAGUACCACUUGCCAACAAUCACCCAUACUCCGUCAUAUAAGUAGUCCAUCGUUACAAAUGUCAACAUGUUUACUUCAUAAUCACUCACCUUCGCAUCAUUUACAAAUACAAAAAAAUAACAAUAAUAUAAAUCACGGCACUCUCAAUAGCGCAUCGUCAACAUUAAAUAGCAAACAUAGUACAUGUAGUAGUUCAAAUACAAAUUAUUCUGAUAGUCCCACAACACCAUUUCCACAAAGUCCAAUGAGUUUUAGUCGUUUAGCGUAUGGACGAAGUCGUAUACGAAAAAAACAACCACGAACAAAUCCUAACUAUGUUAAUGUUGAAAUAAAGUCAAAUGAUGGUUCAUUACGUAGUACAUAUAUAAAAAUUCAUAAUUCUGAAAACAGUUCAUCAUCUGCUUCACCCUCUUCAAAUUCUGCAACUGUCAAAUCGAUAACGACAACAGCAGGACAAACUACUACUACAAAUUCUGCUCAUUUUCAUUCGCAGCCAUUUUUAAAUUCAAAAGAAAACAACGAUCUUACACACAUAGUAAUGUCUCCUGAACAUCAUCCAUUUUAUCAAAGUAACGAUACAAUAUCAAAAGGAAGUUGUUGUCCUCUUUAUCCGUUACAAACGCCGACCACAACAGCACUAACAUUAUCUUCGUCAUCUUCGUCCUCAACAACACAAAAUGAUGAAUCAAAAAUACGAUCGGAUGAAAUGAUAAUUACUCAAAACUCAAAGUAUAAUAAUAAUGCAAACACAUUGACAAAUAAAUCUGUGGCAAUGAAACAGUUUCUAAUCAAUGAGAAUAAUAAUUCAAUGAUUCAGCAACCUUUUAUUUCCUGCAAUGACGGUAUGCAUUUUUUAGUCAAUUUUCAAAUAAAUAAUUCACUUUGUUGCUCUUUAUUGGCCUUAUAGAGAGAAUAUAUCAUCUCUGUCUAACGUAGAGAUAUAAAAAAGAGAGGGUGAUUUAUGACUGUUGAGAGAUAGUAUGGGACAUGAAAAAGAGACUAACGAGAGAACCUGUCGAGCCCGAUAGACCUUAGUGAGGUAGUAAAUAUCCUAAAAGAAUUCACGCCCAUGACUUUUGGAGACCCGGUUUUCCGGAAAACCAGUUUUUCAGAAACUCUAAAAAAUAACCAAACUUUUCUUAAUGAGGCAUGAUUGUGGUCUGCAAAUUUCUGAUUAAAAUGAGACGUCUCCCAGCUCUACACGACCUUUCUUUGCAAAGUUAUAGAAUUUACAAAAAAGCCCUAAAUUAAUUUCUUAUUUCUGUAGCUUUGAGCUAUCGUGUAGAGCUGGGAGACGUCUCAUU